AUGACUGCAUCUCCUAUUGUUAUCACCGCCAUUUCGCAUGGUAAAGAAUUGACCAAAAACUUUCAGCAAGAGUUUCUUAACUUUUUGAACAAGCUUAAUGAAUCCAGUGUUGAUGAAGAACGUGCUCUUUCCCCAAGAGCCCAUGACUUUUACCUCAGGUCCAGCAGCAACAUAGAAGUUCUCAAGAACAGUAUUUAUCAGUAUCCAGUGGAGGAUGUGGAUAUCAUCGUUCAGGCAAACACCGAAUACCGCAAAAAGAAAGGUCUUGUAGUCUUUGAUAUGGACUCGACCUUAAUUUACCAAGAAGUAAUUGAAUUGAUUGCCGCUUACGCACAAGUUGAGGACCAAGUCGCUGAAAUUACAAACAGAGCCAUGAACAACGAGCUGGAUUUCAAACAGUCGCUGGCCGAACGCGUCUCUCUGCUCAAGGGCAUCAAAACUGCAACCUUAUACGACGAGAUUAAAGACAAAUUGAAGGUUACAGAGGGUGUUCCCGAGCUAACAAAAGGUUUGAAGAAAACUGGUUGCAAAUUAGCGGUUCUAAGUGGAGGUUUCACUCCCUUCGCUAACUUCAUGAAAGACACACUACAACUUGACUUUGCUCGUGCCAAUGUUUUGGCCACAGAGGCUGAUGCUACUUCAGGAGAAACAAUUCUAAGUGGUUACACAGUUGGUGACGUUGUAGAUGGAGAGUGCAAGGCGAAGACUCUACUAGAAUUAGCUGAGGAAUAUAAUGUUCCCGUUGAAUCAACCGUUAUGGUGGGUGACGGCGGUAACGACUUACCUGCAAUGGCGGUUGCCGGUUUCGGAAUUGCGUGGAAUGCUAAGCCCAAGGUCCAAGCUGCUGCACCAUGCAAAUUGAAUACGAACUCUUUGCAAGAUGCUUUCUAUAUCUUCGGCUACACAGACAACGAGAUAGCUGAGCUUCUCGAGAACUAA